AUUCCUUAAUACUGGACUCCGUUGUGGUCGUAAGUCGAGGACUACCACCUGUAUGGGUUCAUAUACAGCGGCAUGAGUGCAUUACAAAAUGUGUUUCUUCAUUUAGCCUGCAACUGUGACCCGGUUGGCUCCGAGAAUGGCGGAAUCUGCGAUCAAUACACCGACUACUCAGCCGGCCUCAUCGCGGGACAAUGUCGCUGCAAAUUUUUUGUUGAAGGGGAACGUUGUGACACCUGCAAAGAAGGCUAUUAUGGAUUAAGCAUAGAGCAGCCUCUUGGCUGUCAGUCUUGUGCUUGCAAUCCAUUGGGCACCCAUCCGGGAGGGAAUCCGUGCGACUCCGAGACAGGAAACUGUUACUGUAAACGUCUGGUUACAGGAAAGCAUUGCGAUCAUUGUCUGCCUGAAAACUGGGGGCUGAGCAACGAUAUGGAUGGGUGUCGGCCCUGUGAUUGUGACCAAGGAGGCUCACUCAAUAAUAACUGCUCAAGUGAAUCUGGCCAAUGCCAGUGCAGGCCACAUCUGAUUGGACGCCAGUGCCAGGAAGUGGAACCUGGAUAUUAUUUCAUAUCUUUGGAUCAUUAUGUCUAUGAAGCAGAGGACGCCAAAUUUGGCCCAGGCGUGAGUUUAGUUGAACGGCUCUAUUCUCAAGAUCGCGUGCCUUCCUGGACAGGAAUAGGAUUUGUGAGAGUGCCUGAAGGAGCAUAUUUGGAAUUCUACAUUGACAAUAUUCCGUUUUCUAUGGAAUAUGAUGUCCUGAUUCGAUAUGAGCCGCAGUUGCCAGAUCACUGGGAGAAAGCUACCAUCAGCGUAAAUCGCCCGGGCCAAAUUCCUUCUAGUAGUAGAUGUGGCAAUACUGUUCCUGACGAUGACAAUCAAGAGGUAUCCUUAUCUCCUGGUUCCAGGUAUGCAGCCCUUCCACACCCCGUAUGCUUUGAAAAGGGUCUGAAUUACACAGUUCGGUUGGAGCUGCCGCACUACUCCUCCAACUCAGAGGUGGAAAAUCCAUACACCCUCAUCGAUUCACUGGUUCUCAUGCCGUAUUGCAAGUCCCUGGACCUCUUCACGGUCGGAGGGAGAGGUGAUGAUGUGACGACCAACAGUGCCUGGGAAACCUUUCAGAGAUAUCGCUGCCUGGAGAACAGCCGGAGCGUGGUCAAAACCCCCAUGACGGAUGUUUGCAGGAACAUAAUUUUUAGCAUCUCAGCCCUGCUGCACGAAACCGCAUUGGCUUGCCAGUGUGACCCACAAGGUUCACUGAGCUCGGUAUGUGAUCCCAACGGAGGCCAUUGUCAAUGUCGCCCAAAUGUUGUUGGUCGAAGAUGCGAUAAAUGUGCCCCUGGCACUUUUGGCUUUGGACCCACUGGAUGCAAAGCUUGCGAGUGUCACGCCCAAGCUUCUGUAAAUGCCUUCUGCCAUCCGGAGACCGGGCAGUGCCACUGUUUCCAUGGAAUUUAUGGCCGUUCGUGUGACCGAUGUUUACCUGGCUACUGGGGCUUCCCGAGUUGUCAGCCAUGCCAAUGCAACGGUCAUGCAGAUGAGUGCGAUCCGUACAACGGACAGUGCUUGAAUUGUCGUGAUCACACCUCGGGCCCCAAUUGUGAGAGGUGCCUUGCUGGUUUUUAUGGAGAUCCAGUCUUGGGAUCAGGUGAUCACUGCCGUCCUUGUCCCUGCCCAGAUGGACCGGAAAGUGGGCGUCAGUUUGCCAAUGGAUGUUAUCAAGACCGGAUUACAUUACAAGUGGUGUGCGUUUGUGAGAGAGGAUACAAAGGAAGCAGAUGCGAUGAAUGUGCCUCUGGCUUUUUUGGAAACCCUGAAGAGAUUGGUGGGAGUUGCCAUCCCUGCCAGUGUAACAACAACAUUGAUUCCUCUGAUCCCGAGGCUUGUGACAAAAGGACAGGCUUGUGCCUCAAGUGUUUGUUUCACACCCGAGGCGAACACUGCCAAGAGUGUAAACCCGGCUACUACGGAUGGGCCCUUCAACAGGAUUGUAGAAAAUGUGUCUGCAAUUACCUGGGAACGGUGCGUCACCGUUGCAACAGCUCUGAAGACUGCGAUUGCGAGAAAGAAACGGGCCAGUGUCAGUGUCUCCCCAAUGUGGUUGGACAGAAUUGUGACCAUUGCGCCCCGAACACAUGGAAACUGAGUAGCGGGACCGGAUGUGAAACCUGCGCCUGUAAUCUGGAACAUUCCUUUGGCCCGUCUUGCAAUGAGUUUACCGGGCAGUGCCAAUGUAUGCCAGGAUUCGGGGGACGUACCUGUACCGAAUGUCAGGAAUAUUUCUGGGGUGACCCUACCAUCGGCUGCCAAGCUUGUGAGUGCGAUUCACGAGGCAUCCAAACUCUCCAAUGUAACCGGUCAACUGGCCAGUGCAUCUGUAAGGAAGGCGUUGAAGGUCCUCGUUGCAAUAAAUGCACCCGAGGCUACUCCGGAAACUUUCCAGACUGUGCUCCUUGCCAUCAAUGCUUUGCCCUCUGGGACAUCAUCGUCACUGAGUUGACCAACAAGACCCAGAGGUUCCUGGAAAGAGCCAAACUUCUGAAGAUCACGGGGGUGAGUGGUCCCUACCAAGAGACCCUGAACUCGGUGGAGGAGAAGCUGAAUGAGAUCAAAAACAUCAUUGCUCAAAAUCCUGCAACCGAGCCUCUUAAAAACAUUGGGGACCUCUUCGAAGAAGCAGAGAAGCUGAAAGCAGAUGUGGCCCAAAAGAUAAUUGAAGUAGAGGAAAAGAUCUCUACUGUGGCAAACGAAAGCAGCAUCGUGGAGGCUGAACUGACAGCUUUGGAGGCGGAUGCCAAGAGCUUACACAAUGCUGUGAAAGAACUUGCUGAACAGCUGGAGUUCAUAAAAAUCUCAGAUGUUCGAGGCGCCUUGGACAGUAUCACCAAAUAUUUCCAGAUGUCGCUGGAGGCGGAAAAGAGAGCCAACGCCUCGGUUUUGCUCCCCGGCAGCCUCGUUGAACAGUCAGCCGAAAUGCGCCUGGAAGUGGAGAGCUUGAUCAACAAGACGGCGGCCACCUUCCAGGCGACGCAGGAAGAGCAGUCCCGUCUCUUGGAUGAACUGGCGGGCAAGUUGCAAAGCCUGGAUUUGGCUGAAGUGUCAGAGAAGAUGUGUGGGUCUCCCCCGGGAUCUUCUUGUGCAGAUUCCCCCUGUGGUGGGUUGAGCUGCCAAACUGAAGAUGGGAUCAAGAAAUGCGGCGGUCCCGGGUGCGAAGGUCUGGUGACAGUGGCCCACACCGCCUGGCAGAAAGCCAUCGAUUUUGACCGAGACAUCUUGAGCGCUCUGGCAGAGGUGGAACAGCUCUCCAAAAUGGUUUCAGAAGCAAAACAAAGAGCCGACGAAGCCAAGCAGAAUGCGCAAGACGUUUUGUUGAAGACCAACGCCACCAAGGAGCAGGUAGACAGGAGCAACAAGGACCUCAGAAAUCUGAUUCAUCAGAUCAGAGAUUUUUUAAUGAAAGACGGGGCUGACCUGGAUAGCAUCGAAGCCGUAGCUAAUGAAGUUCUCAACCUGGAGAUGCCCAGCACACCUGAGCAGCUGCAAACCCUGGCAGAUAACAUCCGUGAGCGUGUCGAAAGUCUGUCAGAUGUGGAGAAUGUCCUUCAGCAGAGCGCAGGAGAUAUCGCAAGGGCGAAGGCCUUGUUGGACGAAGCUAAGAAAGCCAGUAAAAGCGCAACGGAUGUGAAAGUCACGGCGGAUAUGGUCCGACAGGCUCUAGAAGAAGCUGGAAGAGCCCAGACCACAGCUGAAGAUGCCAUCAAACUAGCAGAGAAAGAUAUCGAAGGAACACAAGGCUUGCUUGCCUCUAUUGCAUCGGAGGCCGGCUCGGUGGAAGACCGUUUGGGGAACGCGACCCUGCGCAUUGCAGAACUAGAGAAGGACGUGGAAACGCUUAGACAGAAGGCUGCUACCAACACAGAGGAUAUCAAAGCCGCUGAAGAAAAUAUCGCCAUGGUUGAUCGAACGACUGCCGACGUUCAAAAAAUACUAGAUGACAGUGUGAAUGAGAAAUACAAAACAGUAGAAAACCUAAUUGCCAAGAAAACAGGGGAGUCUGCAAAUGCCAGGAAGAAAGCAGAAGCGCUGCAAAACGAAGCAAAAAUUUUGCUAGAGGAAGCGAACAGAAAACUUCAGCUUCUCAAAGAACUGGAAGACACAUACGAAAAAAAUCAAAAAAUCCUGGAAGACAAAGCUCAGCAAGUCGUCGAACUGGAAGAAACCGUCAGAGGCCUCUUGCAAGCCAUUAGUCAAAAAGUUGCAAUUUAUAGCACCUGCUAGAAGUCGGAAAAAGAAACGAAAGAACACAAAACAAAAUAUAUUUCUUUUGAAAAUUGGUCUAACAGAGCCUGUCGUAAUCUGACCAGAUACCAGCAUUUUUUUUCUCGUUUUGUAAAAUAAAACUACUACUUUGUAACCAAGGAUAUGCCUCUUUUAACCCUAGUUAGCCUCACUCCAAUGUUACUUUUAUUAUCCAAAAGCACAAUGAACCCUUUUCACAUUCUGCUAAUAAAAUCCGAGCAU